AAGCCGCAGACAAAGGGAGUUUGCGUUCAUUGGCUGCGGCCGUGUGCGCUCUGCUGUCCCGCAGCGCGAGCAGCGCGGCCCCUAUUCACAUGUUAAUCAGCGCCUAUAAAUACUAACAACAGACACUCAGCGCCUGCAGCAGCUCUCACUGGGAUUCGACAAUAAACACGGGCACCAUAGACUGUGCGUUUUUUUUUCCUCUUCGCACCGGUUCCGUUUGCCAGCUGCUCCUGAUCGCUGACGCAUCGAGAGGAAAAGCAUCAGCGGGAGAAGCGGCGGCGAUCCACCCAACAUGGCCCCCUCGGCUCGGCCCAGCAAGGACGGACUCGGCUUGGAUGAAGACGAAUCCUGCUACGGGAUCCAGAACUGGACAGAAGGUACAGCAAUCAGGAAGCCUUUGGUGGAGAAGAAGAGGAGAGCGCGCAUCAAUGACAGUUUGCAGGAGCUGCGCUCUUUGCUGGCAGACACAGACCUUCAUUCUAAGAUGGAGAAUGCAGAGGUGUUGGAGAUGACGGUGAAAAAAGUGGAGGACAUCCAGAACCGGACCCAAGAAACAGACACACUCAGCCGAGAGGCCAGCGAAAGGUUUGCAGCUGGAUACAUCCAGUGCAUGCACGAGGUCCACACGUUUGUCUCUAACUGUCCUGGGAUAGAUGCCACAGUGGCAGCAGAGCUCCUCAACCACCUUCUGGAGUGCAUGCCCCUGAACGAGGACCAUCUCCAGGAUGUGCUGAUGGAUUUAAUCACGGACACAACUGGGAGCAAUGGCAGCACCUGGCUUGAAGGUGGCGAGGCACUCUGCAAGACUGUAGCUUCACCUGGAGGUAGGAGUGUGUCUGGUGGUUCAUCUUCAGCCCCCUCACCAGCUCCCUCCGCCAUAUCCAGCGAGGACCUGUGCUCCGACCUGGAUGAGACAGACAGCGAGCACCACCAAAGCUCCACAGAGGGCUCGGAGGGCCGGGAGAACCCGAGCGCUUCCACCACAACCUUCGCUCGGUCCAUGUGGAGACCCUGGUAGAAGACUGGGCUUUAAACAAGAUGUGACACUGGGAUCCAUUCUGGGCCAUAAGAGGAAACUUCGCUCUAAAUGUUUGAACACUUUAAUGUAUCUAAUUAUGUAGCUUGUAUUUCUGUUGUUUGUAUAGGAAGCAUAGAGAACACUUUUCCCCUGACAAAAGCCUCGCUUGACCAAA